AUGUCUGCUUCUAUGGGCAUAGGAGCCAUCCAGGAGGUACCGGCACCUCUCACCAGGCCAUAUGCCGGAAUGGAGUCCUUUUCGCCGCGGAUGUCGCAGGCGAAGCAUGACAAGUGGGAGCAGACAGCUUCCUUGCUGCGGGAAGCCAUGCACGCGCAGACUGCUGCGCAUGCGCAGGCGCUUCAGGCGCAGCAAGAUUCACACUUCGACAGACACAGGCAGCUUCAGAGAGACAUGGAGGCUUUGAAGAUGGCCCACGCUAAAGACCAAAAGGACCAGCAGGAGCGUUACUUCACGAAAGUGAAGGAGCUGGAGAAGGCUCUCCAGGCGAAGGAGCAGUUCAUCCGGCAACUGCGCAACGACGUCCAGGACAUGAAGCAGUCCCAUGAGGGCAACUUGCAGGCACAGAAGGAGCGCUUCCAGCGUCAGCUAGAGGCGAGAGCCAUCUCCCUCCGGGAGCUGCAGGACAGUCAGCAAGAGGUCUGGGGCGUGCUUCAGGACAUGGACGCGGCCCACGACAAAGCUUUCGAGGAUCAGAAGGCGCAUUACGAGAAAGCCCUUCAGGAGCAGCAGGACCAGUUCCAGCGAGUGCUGCAGGAGAAGGACGAAUCACACCAGCGACAGGUGGAGGAGCUGCUCGCCACGACGGCAGCUGAAAGCAGUGGCCGUGAGGCCCAGGAGCAGAAACAGCACUACGAGCGUCUGCUGAAGGAGAAAGACGAAUCGCAUCAGCGACAGGUGCAGGAGUUGGCCGCCACCAAAGCUGAGGGCAUCGACCGCGAGGUGCAGGAGCAGAAGCAGCACUACGAGCGCCUGCUGAAGGAGAAAGAUGAUUCGCACCAGCGACAGGUGCAGGAGCUGCUGGCCACCAAAGCUGCGGCACGCGGCGGCCAAAAAGAGGAGGCGGAGCAGCCGGUGUUGGCAGCCAACACCGCAGCUCAUGGCAUCGGAUGUGAGGCGAAGGCCACCGGCGAGCCUCCGGCCCCUGACGAAGCCAGUGCCAAGCAGAAGGCAAGAGCAUCGCUCAUCCAAGCCGCGCGAGAUGGCAGUCUGGAGAAGUCUCUGCAGGACUUCCGGCAGAAGGAUCUGGAAGACCACCACUAG